CGCCAUGGCGAAGCUGAGCAAGGAGGCCAAGCAGCGGCUGCAGCAGCUCUUCCGCGGCGGCCAGUUCGCCAUCCGCUGGGGCUUCAUCCCGCUCGUCAUCUACCUGGGCUUCAAGAGAGGCGCCGACCCCGGGAUGCCCGAGCCGACCGUCCUGAGCUUACUUUGGGGCUAAAAGACUGUUUGAGCAUCUGGAUUUGGACGCAAUCAA